AUGGCUAGGGUUCCCAGCCGAAACAUUUUAGUCCGCUGGUCCCCGCUGCAAGCCCGAAGAGAAUCCGCGCAGGAUGAUGGGAAGAGAUUCACCCUUGCCUCUGAGUUAUUCUCCGACCGUUUCGCGGCCGAAAUUAUGAUCCGUGUAAUAAAUCAAAGAGGGUAUUACUACGGCAUGCGGUAUGCUGCUGGGGAAGAAUUCUUAUUGGGGAAAACAGAGUUCCAGGGAGAGCACAUACCUGGUCGAAUUGUUCACAUGCUCUCCUAUUCUGGUGGGUUCACAGAUUCUGGGAAGCAAUACUCCGUAUCAUUUGUCUCACCAGUCCAGAGGAGGCCUGUCAUGAUUCAGGGGUCCGUUAUGCUCUUCGACUCGCCAGCUGGCAAAGGGACAGAUCGAUCCGCCGGGUCCAGCCCCACAUAA